UGUUUAUGUGCCUUGCUUUUAGGUGGCAAAAGAAGACAGUCAUCUUGGUGAACAUACUACAUUCAGGAUACAAGUGUGGUAUGCCCGUUUGCAGGACAUUGUGACAAUGUGAUCACGUCUUUUGGACAUCCAUCAAUACCACCCCAAGGCUGAAUCGCUGGGAGGACUGCCUAAGCGCCUCACUUGUACAUCCCGAGCACCGAAGUGAAGUUGUCUGUGUCACUCUGCCGCUAGAAGCAGUGAACGAGAUGGCCCCAAGUACAAAAGCUCUUGAUGAUUCAUGGGUCGUCGAGGAUCAAGGCGAUGAAAGCAUAAGCUGGGACGAAGAAGAGUCUACGGCAACAAGCGCAAACAUUCCAGACCAAAACCAGCAAACAAGAACGACCAGAUCCGCCGGUCCACCACAACAAACGCAGACCACUGCUACAGACUUUGUGAUGCCGACAAUUAGUGUUCCCACAUCAGAAAGACUUGCCAGACAGCGGAAGCCCCCUGUGCCUGCCAGGUCUACGCGAGCCAGACAAGCAAACUCCACGAAUGGGACAGCGCGGAAUAGGUCGCCCGCAGACAGACCACAGAAGACAAUAGGCUCGACUGUUUCCAACGAGGCCCUCAAGAUCCUUGGUCAUACCCUCAAAUGGACGCUGGACGUCUGCGGCCAUACUCUGAAGGCCUUGAAGAAGCCCAUCUCAUGGGUCCUUGCUGCCUAUCUGUUCGCUGGCAUCUUGAUGCUCGUGCAGAACCUCCUCACCACCUCGAUCUACACCGCCCUUUCACCAAUUUGUCGCAUACCUGGAGUCUGGAUUCUCCGUCUUCCGAUAUGCCAAUAUGCUCCCCAUGACGCAGACGCUCCCACACUCUCGGAUGGGAGGUCCGCUCCUGUCGAAUUCGACGCCUUGAUGCAGACACAAUCUCACUUCGAAGAGAUCCUGUCAGAGUCAGCUAAAGGAGUCGCCCUGCCCCUGGACAUGAAACGCUCGGAGACUUCCAUACGCGAUCUACGUCAGGUCGUGCGCUUCUCACAGCUGGCUUCGCGCAAUGAGUUGGUCUUGGAGUUUGACGGCUUCAUCGAAACGGCUCGGAUGGCAUCUUACGACCUACAAAAGUUCAAUUCUCACGUUGGCCGUGGGGUGGAUAUAGUUCUGAGCACGGCACGAUGGACGCAGCAUGUUCUCGAUGACAUGGCCACGAAGCAAUCCUCCCGUGGCAUCAUUCCGAGUUUCAUUCAGGACAAAAUCCUCGCACCGUUCUCGCCGGUGCAGUUCACCGAGGCUCGGUUAUUGGAUCAGUAUAUCCAGCAUACACGGAUUGUGAGUGACGAGAUCGAGCGGCUUAUCGAGGAAGCGCAAGCCUUGUUGCAAGUGCUGCAAAACCUCGAAGACCGCCUUGACAUCAUUCACUCGAUUUCCAUGCGGGACAAUAUCGCUGCGCAGGCCGGCAAGGACGAGAUCUUGUCUCACUUGUGGACGCUGCUGGGCGGGAACAGAGCGAAGUUGGGCAAGUAUAAUAGCCAGCUUGGGCUGCUGAGGGAGGUUGGCCGGUACAGAAAAGUGGCUUGGGCGCAUGUGUCGGGGACGAUUUUGAAGUUGCAGGCUAUGGGGGCGGAAUUGGAAGAGCUGAGGACCAGGGUUGGUAGUGCGGAGUUGCUCAGGGAUCAUAAGGAGAUUCCGCUGAGUGUCCAUGUCGAGAAUAUCAGACUGGGCGUGGAGAGGUUGGAAGAGGGACGAGAGAGGGCAAGACGAUUGGAGCAGGGGCAUGUGAGAAGGGUGAUUGAUGGUGUCGAGGGCGAUGGGAUCAGAGCGCUGGAAGGGGCAUAAAUCGGGCAUCGCCAUGGAAACUCUUGAUGACUUGGUAACGGAUAUGGUGCAUGCUUGGGGUUUGUGGCGAGUGCCGGGGGCGGGUCAGAUCUGCGGGACAGACAAUACGGUGUAACGCCUAAUGAUGGUUUACGAAAGAAUUGAGUCGAAUGUAUUAAU